CAUGGAUUUCUGGAGAAGGGAUGUUGUCGUCACAGAGACAAGCAAGAUUACACAUAUAGAACAUAAAAUACCAGGAGCCUGCUUGUGCAAUAUUGGAACUCAAUGUGUCCUCUUGUUGACUGUAGUGGCGUGUGACAUCCUGUAGGUGGUGCCUCUGUGCGGUACAUGAUGGGAACCAGAAAGAGAUCCACCACUGGAGGACUGGAGGGUCUCGGCAUCAACUGGCUGAUCCCCUCCUCCUCCUCCUCCUCCUCCUCCUCCUCCUCGUCCUCCUCCUUCUCUUAUAUUCUUCCUCACUCGUCUCGGAAAUGCUGCAUGACAUUUUAACAUCCAUUCCCAGUCUGAGCGAGUGUCUGGUCUGAAUUCUGACAAAAAGUAUUUUGUGAAGAAAAUGGAAAAAGGGAGAAAAUCCCCGCAACUGUACGGCGCGCUGGAAAAGACGCAAAUGGGGGAAGCGACGGCGAAACCAGCAGAAGAUGUCGUUUCAAUGGCCGACUCCACGAUUACGAUCGAGGACAUCGAAGGAGAGCUGUUCAGGAUCGAGCGGAUACGAGACAUCCUCGUACGGAGGGAAUCAGAGCUGAGAUACAUGAUGGAUGACAUCCAGCUCUGCAAAGAAAUCACAAGGCUGAAGCAGGAGCUGCAGAAGCUUGUCUCAAUACCAGACAAAGACAAGACCAAAGAGGACCGGGAGAGGGAGGAGGAGCUGCUGCAGCAGAUCAACAAGCUGGUGGAGACCAGAGACUUCCUGGUGGAUGAUGUGGAGUUUGAAAGACUUAGGGAAAGAGAGGAAGACAGAGAAAUGGCAGCCUUCUUACAGUCCAAAUUCCCCAAAGCUUUGGCCACGAAAGGCACCUUGGAGGAUCAAAAGGUGGCCUCCAAAGCCCAGCAGACAUCAGCACCGUUAAUAACUAAAACAGGACUUACUCUGCUGAAGGAAUGCUGCGGCUUCACCUGCUCCAUCAUGUAACGCGUUGUCCAAAAGAAAACUGUGGAUUCGACCUGAAAACUCCUCCUCAGUGCUUUCAUGUAUUAAUUGUGUGUCUGCACUAUCAAGAAGGCGUGUGUGCUUUCAUACUGAAAUAAGCUGCUGUGAAAUACUGUGUUUAAAUGUCCUUCAGCAGGGAGCCUGACCGGUUUAUGGAUAUACGGAGGAUUUGUGCCUAUAAUUAAGUUAGUUACGUAUUAUUACGGCUGCUCCGACAGCGCAACUAUCCAUUUGUGAUGUAUAAGACAGUGUGGAUGUCCCUGAGGGAACAAACUAAAUCAGCCUUUGCCAUUUGCUGCAGUAGCUGAGUAUUAAAAUAACAUUGUUAGGGCUUUAACUGGGCAUUAUUUUAAUCUCUCUGUCUUUCUCUCUCUCUCUCUCUUUUUUUAAAUUAAUAUGCCUUAUGGUGUGUGUUUUGUAGAGGCUAAAGGAAAUUAAUGUGCCUGUGAGCGUUAAUUUUGUGUUACUACGACUGUAGCAUCUUUGCAGUGUUGUUAUAAUAAAGACUAUAAUAAGA